UGUUGUGUGUUUGUUAACCAAAAAGAAGAGAAUGGCGGCUUUGUUUAUUGCUAAGAGAGGAAUCAUAAACAUUUACAGAGCAUCGCCGAGACACUACAACAACAACACCACUCUUCAAUCUUCUCGUUGCUUCUUCACCUCUCAAGGAAGCGGCGAUGGGGGAGGAGAAUCAUCUGCGAGUGUGAAUGAGGCGAGACAAGAGGCGAUGGGGACAAGUACAGAUACUAAGGCUCCGGAUGUUUCAGUCAGUUACGCAGCAGAUACUGCGAAAGAAGGGUUGAAACGAGCCACGGAACUAGCCAAGGAGGAUAGGGAAGACCCUCCUUCAACGGAGGAUGCAGCAACAACGGUUGCAGGCGGUGAGGAUGAGAACGAAGAGAACGUGACCGUGGGUGAAAUAGGAACAGUUAAAGGGAAAAUUCAGUCUUCAAGCUGAGAAAAAUAUUUUAUGUAUGUUUAAGGACAAACAAAUUAAUAAUGUCUUUUAAUGCCUUUUAGAAUGUUAAAACUAUUUAAUGUUUAAGGACAAAUAUGUUUUUGUUCA